UAGAAGAAAACCCUAAAUGUUGAAAAGUGAAUGAGAGGGUAGAAAGAAAGAAAGCGUGAAGCUAGAGAAUUUGGUGCAGUUUUGUAUGGUACUGCGUGCUUAGUUUUUCUAUAUGAGGAAUCAAUCAAGGAAUCUUUUUGAAGAGAAGGAGAAGGAGAAGAAAGAAGUGAAACUGUUGUUUCUUUUGUGGGCUUUAAGAUUUCUUUCCGUUUUUCUAUUUUUUUGCUUCAUGACUUGAGGUAGGCAUGUUGAAUGGCGGAGGAUGAUUUUCUUAUUUGUGGCUUUGGGUGUUGAUUUAGCUUCGCUUAUGUAGAUCAAAGGGACUUAUUGUGGGUAGUGAUUUUGGGAGGAGUUUGGAUAUGAAUAUUCUGGUGGGGACAUGCUUGAACCAAGGGAAGCUGAUAUACCUGUCCUGUUUCUUGUCUUGGUCGUGCUUCCUCUGGUUGCUUACAUUUUGCUUGGGAAAUGGAGUGAGUCUGCAAAGAAGAGAGAGAGGAUAAGUUUGCUUGCUCAACUGGCUGCUGAAGAAGCUUUUAGAGCAGAAGUAAUGGCUACUGCAUGUAUCAUUCCUCCCGUGUCUACUUCAAAGAAUGUAAUUCAUGUUUGUGCUAGAUGCUUUAGUCCAGCUACAACCCGCUGCUCCAGAUGCAAGUCUGUUAGAUAUUGUUCUGGAAAGUGUCAAAUAAUUCAUUGGAGACAAGUCCAUAAGGAAGAGUGCCAACGGUUGGAAACUACAAGUUCAUGCUCAUCUCCUAUGGCUACCUCAUGUGAUGAAUCCAUCUCUGAGAAGUUAUCAAUCAAUGAUGGCUUGGACUCAUUUUCCUUAGGGUAUAAUAGCAAGCAGCCUGCAAUGGAUACUGGUCUUUCAGAUAAUAAUGUCCAUCCUUUAACAAGCACCGGUGCUUGUGCUGCUGGUAAUUGUCCUGCAACUGUUACCUCUCAAGAAGCUAUGCUACACAGAAGAAGUCCAGACAAGCAAGUUUCAUGCAAAUCAAACAAAGAAAUGGACUGUGGGUCCUCAAGCUCAUUGAAUGCAGGAAAAUAUGGGAUAAAUGCACAUGAUAUUGGAACAAACUUUGUUUUUAAUGUAGUAGAUUUCUCUAAUGCGGAAGAAUCAGUUGAUGGUGAAAUGGCAGGACCAAAAUGUUCUUAUGAAACACCUGUUACGAAUGGAAAUGUGAAAGCUAACACUGCAUUGCAUCCUAUGGGAAACAAAUCUUUGAAAUCAUCAAAAUCAAAGAUGAAAUUCUCUGGAGACCAAUCCUAUUUUAAAAUAGAUGGAAAAGGACAACUUACAGAUGAUUCAAAAGUUGCAAGAAUGCGCAAUGCAAACCCUGCAGCAGGAACCAAUGGGGUUACAAGCAUUGGUAUUAUGAAGAUGAUGGAUUUAAGGAAGUCGUUAAAACUUGCUACUCAAGAUAUAACAGAGGUUAAUGCUAUUCACAAAAAAUUAACGAUGCUGUUCCCUUAUGAAGAAUUUGUGAACAUCUUCAAUUGUGAAGUUAUUGCCUUAACACCUAGAGGACUUGUAAAUUGUGGAAACAGUUGCUAUGCCAAUGCUGUCCUCCAAUGUUUAACCUGCACAAAACCUCUGAUCGUCUUCUUGCUUCGUAGAUCACAUUCAAGAGCCUGUUGUGAGAUAGAUUGGUGUCUCAUGUGUGAACUUGAGCAGCACGUAAUGAUGUUAAGAGAAUGUGGGGGCCCUCUGUCUCCUAGUAGAGUCCUUCUGCAUAUGCGAAAAAUUAAUCAUCAGAUUGGCGAUGGAAGUCAAGAAGAUGCACAUGAAUUCUUAAGGCUUCUGAUUGCAUCAAUGCAAUCCAUAUGCUUGGAGAAACUGGGUGGUGAAGACAAGGUUGAUCCCAAAUUGCAGGAAACAACUUUCAUACAGCAUACUUUUGGUGGGCGUCUUAGGUCGAAGGUCAAAUGCCUGAGAUGUCAUCAUGAGUCAGAAAGAUAUGAGAAUAUUAUGGAUCUUACACUGGAGAUAUUUGGUUGGGUUGAGUCACUUGAAGAUGCAUUGACUCAGUUUACAACCCCUGAAGAACUAGAUGGAGAAAACAUGUAUAGAUGUGGAAGGUGUGCUGCAUAUGUCCGAGCUAUGAAGCAGUUGAGCAUACAUGAGGCACCAAACAUCCUGACAAUUGUUUUGAAGAGAUUCCAGGAGGGAAAAUAUGGGAAAAUAAACAAAUGUAUCACUUUUCCUGACAUGCUGGAUAUGAUCCCAUUUAUGACUGGAACUUGUGAUGUCCCUCCUCUUUACAUGCUUUAUGCUGUUGUGGUACAUUUGGAUACACUGAAUGCCUCUUUUUCUGGACAUUACGUGGCAUAUGUAAAAGAUUUGCAAGGGAGCUGGUUCAGGAUAGAUGACACUGAGGUUCAUCCAGUAUUGAUGAGCCAGGUGAUGUUGGAAGGAGCAUACAUUUUGUUUUACACGAGGUCCUGUCCUCGCCCUCAAAAGGCAAUUUGCGAGAAAGCCAGCAGGCAACAAGUUCCAUUAUCUUUGAGACACUGCAUGUCAAGAACUCAGAAACCUUCUAGACAAGGACAGAGCAAAUGCAGCAGCCACUUUAUUGGCCCAGAAGCUUCAUUGGAUGUCAAACCAGAAAACGGUUCUAGCCUUGCCAGCUAUGCUAAUGGCAUUCCAAGGAGGAGUGCAAACAAAAAUACCACUCAGGUGAUGGAUUUCUCUGAUGCUACAUCAAGUGAUCGGUCCCUUUUUACAAGCUCUGACGAGGCUUCUUUCACAACCGAGAGCACCAGAGACUCUUUCAGUACUAUAGAUUAUGCUGAUGCAUGCAAUGCAGAUGCUUUCUCAUCGAUUUUCAAUGAUUUGUAUGCUCCAGAAUCCUCUUAUCAGAAUACUCUUUGCCGUUGAACAUUUUCAAAUAGGAGGCCACAAACUAGGUUCAUCUUGGAGGAGAGAGGCCAUGUUUUGGAUUCAUCCUCAUCAACCCAACCUCCAGAGCCUGGAAAGGAGAAAAUUACAAACAGGUCUGUGAUUCAUCAACCAAACUCUUUCCGGACAGUUCCUGCACCGUGUCUGUAGAAAAUGGGAGAAUCACAAAGUGUGGUCUUGAUCGAUCUUCUGGUCAUUGUAGACUGUAGUGUGUAGAUCCAAAUGAUGAUUAUUGACUUAGCUAGGUAGAAGCCCUGCCUCGAAAUUUUUGUUUUCAAUACUAAGUUGAUUGGGGCAUGUGGAUUGUUGUUAGAGUACCCUAGGAAAGGAAUAUUCUUGUUAUUAUUGAAAAUUGUAAAGUGCCACCAUAUCCUUGGCUCCAUUUGUUUUAGCUUGUAGUAUUAUCACUUGCUUAGCUCAUAUUAGAUAAGCUAACAGUGAGUCUGUGCCCGACAGUUGUCACAUGUCAGCCGGGCCAGCAAUCUAACUUGUUGUACUAUGAAAUACGAAUGACAGUUUUCUUUGUUGUGUUGGGACA